CGUGGCAGUGUGUGGGGACUGGGGAGAGACUGGAGUGUGACGCAGACGCAAUAUGGCGUCCUCCGGUGAUGACAUUAUUGAUGAUAUAAAAUCACAGUUUAUUGACAAUAAUUUAAUAAAUACUAAAUGGAAACCAUUGUCACUGACACUUGUCGAAUACCCCGAAGGGGAUAUGAUUGGCAUGUUUUUGGCGUUAAUAAGUUUAAUGCCAUUUGCAAUUAUUGCUGGAUUUAUAACAUUAAUUUUAUUUAGACGUGAUUUACACACUAUUUUUUAUUUUAUGGGUAUUGUUGUAAAUGAAAUUGUUGGUCUUUCAUUAAAAUACACAAUUAAAGAAGCAAGACCAAUAAGACGUGAUGUUGUUUAUGUUGAGUAUGGAAUGCCAUCAGCUCAUUCACAAUUUAUGUGGUUCUUUGCUGCUUAUACAACAUUAUUUGUAUGCAUAAGAAUGCAUCGUAAUAAUAACAGCACAGUGUCUGAAAGAUUUUGGAAAUGGACAAUUGUUGGAGGCUGUGUUGGUGUUGCAAUUGCUGUGACAUAUAGUCGAAUUUAUCUUCAGUAUCAUACUAUUUCCCAGGUAUUUUGUGGAAUGCUUGUUGGUGCUACAAUGGGAAUAUUGUGGUUUACAUUAACUCAUCUAGUCUUCACUCCAUUUUUUCCAAUUAUUGUCACAUGGAAAAUAUCAGAGUAUUUUAUGCUACGUGAUACAACACUGAUUCCAAAUGUUCUCUGGUUUGAGUAUACAAAUAUAAGAACUGAAACAAGAAAAAGAUCGAGGAAACUUGUCUCUAUGAAAUCACAAUGACGUCUAAUGGUUGCCCAAUGGGUUGAGACAAAAAAGAAAAAUUAAAAGUACUUUUUUUUUCUUUAAAUAUUAUUGAAAAUUUAUUAAAUGAUUGCCUAUAAAAUCAAUGGCAUAAUAUCAAUCAUUGUAAAUAAUUUAAUUUACAUUAUUUACAUAUUGUUUAAAAAAAAACCUCAAAGGUUUUUAUUUCUUCCCUUUUUUUUUACAUUAAAAAUCAUAAUUGUGUGCUGUAUAAAAAAGUAGAAAUAAUAAUUAAAUUUUUAUUUCAAUAAUAUUUUUAUUUUUAUUUUUUUGUUUAAUUGUGAAAAAUUUUAUCUAUGUUUUAUUGUAAUUUGUUUUUUCUUUUUUUUUAAUUUAGAUUUUAUAUAAUAUUUAUCGUCAUUUCAAUUUUACUGAUAAAUCCAUAAUUUGCACAAAUUAAUAUUGCCAUUUUAAUUAAAAAUAAAAUAUAUAUAUUAAUAAUAUUAUCAUUAAAAUUGAUGUACAAUUUUUUAAUAUGAAAAAAAAUGUUUAGAUAAAUCAACCAUGAUUAGAUGACAAAAUUUUGUAAGGAAAAAAAAUUUUAGGAAAAGAAAAAUUUAAUAAAAUUUGAAAUAUAAAAGUUGAAUAACAAAAAAA